AUGAACAUGAACAUGAAGUGUUCGCUGCCAUUUAUCGCAAUGGUGGUUGCUCAGGUUGCACAGGUGGGUCUAACAUUAUCCAGCAAGAAAGCCAUAGCAACCGGGAUGCACAACUUUGCAUAUAUAUUCUAUUCCAACGCUUUAGCAUUCUUAGUUCUUCUUCCUGCUGUAUUUCUUGUUCAUAGACCACCAAAUCGCCCUGCACUAACUUUCUCAGUCGUCAGCAGUUUCUUUGGACUUGGCAUUCUCGGAUUCUUGAUGCAAGUGAUUGGAUAUGCAGGAGUUACAUAUGCUUCUGCUACAGUUUUCACGGCAAUCCUUAACCUUGUACCAGGCUUUGUGUUUGUAUUUGCCAUCAUCUUUGGGUUAGAGAGACUAGACAAUGAAGGAGGGUGGUUUAAAAUAAUUGGAACAGUAGUUUCAGUUGUUGGAGCACUCAUUGUGACUUUCUACAAAGGCCCUACAAUUAUAACGUCUUGUUUAAGUUCAAUCGCUCCACCGCUGCUCCUAGGAGAAUCAUCAAACUUGAUCCUUGGCGGACUGCUAAUGCUAAUUGACAGUGUUUUAGCCGCUUUGUUCCUUAUCGCACAGGCAUUGCUCUUCAAGAAAUACUCAGCAGUGCUGAUCUUGAUGUCGGCUUACUGCUUCAUUAUAGCUGUCCUAUCUCUUUUAGCCUCGUUGAUUUUGGAACAUGACCUGAAUUCUUUUAGUUUACAGUCUAAAAGAAGGUUACUGGCCAUCUUGUAUGCGGGAUUCUUUGGAGCUGGUUUCCAACUCACUAUUGGAUCAUGGUGUAUGAAAAUAAAAGGACCACUUUUUGUUACAAUUUUUCAACCAUUAGGGAUUGUCAUUGCAGCUAUCAUGGGUAUUCUAUUUUUAGGAGACGGUCUCUAUCUUGGAUGUUUAAUAGGAUCAGCAUUCAUUGUUGCCGGAUUCUAUGGUGUAAUUUGGGGAAAGGCUAAAGAAGAUAAAAAUAUCGACACAACCAUCGUUGGAAGCACACAGGCCCCUCUCUUGCAAGAUGGCUCUAAAGACAAUAAUGUUGUGUGA